UCUUCCUGUUAUAAACUCUUUUGUGAUCACAAAGACUUGCAAAACCAUGAAUAGAGAACCACCAAACAAAUCCAUGGGAUUUUUCGGAAUCUAUAAGGAAGCCUUCAAAAUCACAUCAUCAAGAAAAAAAAUCUUCUUACAAAUCAGUCGAUCUAGACUCCUUCCACUAACCAUUCUUUUCUUAUGUUCAAUCCAAGUCUCCUAUUUCACCGGCUAUCCAAUUGACAUAACUGUCAUCAAUGCGAUCUUCAACUUCCUUCUCGCACUCCUGGAAACUUUUACUGUAGUGUAUACUGUUGCUUGUAUCUAUACAUCCAGAGAUAUAACACACAAGAGUGUCAAAGAGAAUGUUAUGAGUGUUGCAAUGGUAAUCUCGAUAUUGGAAAACGAUGUUUACGGCUGGAAAGCACUGGGAAAGAGUAUCAAACUGAUUAGAGGUAAAAUUUGUGUCUCCUUUGCUAUUUUUUUACCACUUCAUAUUGCUAUUGCUGGUUUAGUGUUCGCGUUUACAUCAUUGUUGGUUCAGGGAUUGACGUCUCUGAGUAUAGUGCGUGGUUUCUAUGUUACAAUAGCUUGUUCUUUGUUACUGAUGGUUUUGAUUCAUUUUACUCUUGUGAUACAAACCAUUGUCUAUUUUGUUUGUAAAUCCUAUCACAAUCAAGAUUUGUCGAACUUCGCUGAACACCUAGGCGAUGGUUAUGCCAAUUUGGGUGGGGAACAAGGCGAUAAUGAACUACAAAGACCUUUAGUUUGAUGCGGUUUUGGGUAAUUUGUGAAAUAAAAAUUGUUAUGUAACUAAAGGUACUAUUGGGAAAUGAAAUUACACAAAAGUUCGUAUUU